AUGAAUCCCGGGGUUCUAUGCCCAACACUACAUAAUCGGGGCACGGUGUUGCUGCCUACCUCCAAGGGCAAGGUCUUCUCGAAGGAGCAGAAGGCAGCCCUGAGGCUGAUGAGGUCAGGAUUCGGCUUCCUGGCAACCAUCAGACUGCGACUCACCCCCAACCUGGUCUAUACACUCCACCUGGGCUGCUCUGACCUCCUCCUGGCCAUCACACUACCCCUGAAGGCUGUGGAGGCCCUGGCUUCUGGGGCCUGGCCCCUGCCACUCCCCUUCUGCUCCGUCUUUGUCUUGGCUCACUUUGCUCCACUCUAUGCGAGUGGAGGCUUCCUGGCGGCUCUCAGUGCUGGCCGCUACCUGGGGGCUGCCUUCCCCUUCGGUUUUUCCAUCCUGCUCUUCUUUAUGCCCUUGGCCAUCACCGCCUUCUGCUAUGUGGGCUGCCUGCGGGCUUUGGUCCACUCAGGCCUGAGCCACAAACGGAAACGCAAGAGGGUGAUGGGGCUUCUGGCUGCCACGCUGCUCAUCUUCUUCGUCUGCUUCGGCCCCUACAAUAUGUCCCACGUGGUGGGCUACGUCCGGGGUGAGAGCCCGACCUGGCGGAGUUACGUGCUCCUCCUCAGCACCCUCAACUCUUGCAUCGACCCUCUAGUCUUCUACUUUUCAUCCUCCAAGUUCCAAGCUGACUUUCAGCAGCUCCUGGGGAGGCUGACCAGAGGCUGUGUGCCUUGGACUCAGGAAGUCAGCUUGGAGCUGAAGGCAAAGAACGGAGAAGAGCUUUGCAAGGAGUGUCCAAGCUAG